GUGCCGCGGGCUUCGUUCCUCGGCUUGGAGCAGCCCGCUCAACUCUGACUCAGCUCUGACUCGCCAGCCCCUGGCCGGCUCCCUGGGCCCGCGGGGGUUGGGGGAGGCCGAGGUCUGGGGCUCUUCUUUGGCGGGCCGUCUGGGACACUAUGUCACGAUGGACGAGGGUGGCACGCCCCUGCUCCCCGACAGCCUUGUCUACCAGAUCUUCCUGAGCCUGGGCCCCGCGGACGUGCUGGCCGCCGGCCUGGUGUGCCGCCAAUGGCAGGCUGUGUCCCGGGAUGAGUUCCUUUGGAGAGAGCAGUUCUACAGAUACUACCAGGUGGCCCGGGACGUGCCCCGACACCCAGCUGCCACAUCCUGGUACGAGGAGUUCCGGCGGCUCUACGACACUGUGCCCUGCGUGGAGGUACAGACUCUGAAGGAGCACACAGACCAGGUCCUGCACCUCAGCUUCUCCCACUCAGGCUGCCAGUUCGCCUCCUGCUCCAAGGACUGCACGGUGAAGAUCUGGAACAACGACCUGGUGGUCUCUCUGCUGCACAGUGCCGACAUGCGGCCCUACAAUUGGAGCUACACCCAGUUCUCCCAGUUCAACAUGGAUGACUCGCUACUGCUGGUGUCGGGCGUGUUCUUGGGGCCCCACAACUCCUCGGCAGGCGAGAUUGCUGUCAUCAGCCUGGACACCUUUGCCCUGCUGUCCCGGGUGCGGAACAAGCCUUACGAUGUGUUUGGCUGCUGGCUCACCGAGACCAGCCUCAUCUCGGGGAACCUGCACCGGAUCGGGGACAUCACCUCGUGCUCAGUGCUCUGGCUCAACAACGCCUUCCAGGAUGUGGAGUCGGAGAAUGUGAACGUGGUGAAGCGGCUUUUCAAGAUCCAGAACCUCAACGCCAGCACCAUCCGCACUGUCAUGGUGGCCGACUGCAGCCGCUUCGACAGCCCCGACCUGCUCCUGGAUGUGGGUGGCCCAGCCGCACCUUCCUGCCAGGUCUUUGACCUUGGCAGCGACGGUGAUGAUGAGGCCCCGGCCCCGGCACGGGCCAAAGAGGGUCUGCGGCGCUUCCUGGACGACAUCCUGGACGGGCGGGUGCAGCCCCCGCUGUCCGAGAACGCGCUGGAGACCAGGGUGGCUGAGCUGCUGGCCCAGGGCCGCACCAGGCCCCCUGAGCCCGUGGCCGGCGGCGGGAGGAAGUACCUCGUCUUCACCACGGGCUGUCUCACCUACUCGCCACACCAGAUCGGCAUCAAGCAGAUCCUGCCACACCAGAUGACGACAGCGGGGCCGGUGCUGGGGGAGGAGCGGGGCGCAGACGAGUUCUUCGACUCGCUGGACCACGUCAUCGACGUGCACGGACAUGUCAUUGGGAUGGGCCUGUCGCCCGACCACAGGUACCUGUACGUGAACAGCCGCUCCUGGCCCAGUGGCGCGGUGGUGGCCGACCCCAUGCAGCCGCCCCCCAUUGCUGAGGAGAUUGACCUGCACGUGUUCGACCUCAAGACCAUGCGGGAGGUGAAGCGGGCCCUGCGCGCCCACCGGGCCUACACGCCCAACGACGAGUGUUUCUUCAUCUUCCUGGAUGUCAGCCGGGACUUCGUGGCCAGUGGGGCCGAGGACCGGCACGGCUACAUCUGGGACCGCCACUACAACAUCUGUCUGGCCAAGCUGCGCCACGAGGACGUGGUCAACUCGGUGGCCUUCAGCCCCCGGGAGCAGGAGCUCCUGCUGACGGCCAGCGACGAUGCCACCAUCAAGGCCUGGCGCUCACCCCACACUGUGCGCGCCCUCCAGGCCCCACGCCCGCGCCCGCGCUCCUUUUUCUCCUGGUUUGCCAGCCAGAGGCGCUGACGGGCGCUUUUGGCGGCAAGAGGGAGCCACCCUGGUGGGGCAGCAGCAGCCCUGGGUGUCCUCGAGCUGCUCAGACCCCACGGGGGACGUCACAGGCCCUUUUCCUCAGCCGAGCCACUGCCCAGGCACAUUGGGGCAGAGCUCAGAGCAGUGACGCUGCCUGAGGGAGGUCCAGCAGGCUUGGCAGGGGCUGUGGGAACAGGACACCCCACCUCACCGCUGUGACACUCAGCACCUGGGGGCUGCUUGCCCCACCCACACAUCUGCCUCCUGCUGGCCCCGAGGUGCACAGAAUGGGGCCACUUCUCCAAGGGGACUGGAGGACACACUAAGCUGAGGCCCGUGGUCUGGCUCGCACACGUAGCACCCUCUGGCUGACAAGCCCCCUGCUGGUCCGCAGGGCCGGCCUGCCGGGCAGCAGCACUUUACCGGAUCCGACUGUCCUGGGCCCAGGCCCCUCCUCUGACCACCUGGCCUGACCGGCAGCUGGGGGAAGAGCAAGUCAGUCUGCCACAGGCCCAGGCUUACCCAGCACACUGGAGCGUACCGCAUGUCCACUUGCACACUUGUCACCUGUCCUCUGAAUAAACAGCUGGC